CUUGGACUUCCUCCAGCCACGCUGUGGGUGUGGCCUGUGAUGGCGCAACAGCUCUGACACCGCCCGCUGCUCCUCCUCCUGACAGCCGGCCGAGGAAAGUGGAGGCGUGGCCGCGUCCGGCAAGUGCCUGCGGCGGGAGCAUGCGGGUCGCAGCAGCUGCUGCCGCGCUACUUUCUGUUCCUUAGCCCCAGGGUUGCGUUGCCGUAAUGCGCCGGGGGCUGUGAUCGCAGCAGGUGGGAGCUGAACCCCGGUGCUAAGGAGGAACGGACCAGCAGGUGGCCACCUCCCGUACCUAGUGCGGCAGGAGUCGCGGGCGGGAGCCGGUGCUCCGGAGGUUGGCGCUGCUCGCGGGACGAGAGGCGAUCCUCGAUGUUAAGCGGGAGUUGGUAGCAGCCCCGGGCGGGCUCUUGGGUGAGGCUGUGCCGUGAAUGCCCUGCGCUCCAAAGAUACUGAUGCCCGCAGGUCGGUGCCCGGGGAGGCCGGCAGCGCUCUGGAGUCUCUAGUUUGCCUGCGCGGUGCCAUGCGGUGCCCCGGCUGAUGCGCUGUGCCCGGGGCAGCCCCCGCCUCGCCAUGAAGCGGCAGAACCUGCGCACGGUCUCGCUGAUCGUCUGCGUUUUCUCCUAUUUGCUGGUGGGCGCCGCCGUCUUUGAUGCGCUGGAGUCGGAGGCCGAGAUCGGCCACAAGCGCCUCCUGGAGCAGAAGCGGAACGACCUGCGAAGGAAGUACCGCUUCACGCCAGAGGACUAUCGGGAGUUUGAGCGGCUGGUCCUGCGGGCCGAGCCUCAUCGAGCCGGCAGGCAGUGGAGGUUCGCCGGCUCCUUCUAUUUCGCCAUCACCGUCAUCACCACCAUCGGUUACGGACACGCUGCACCUGGAACCGAUGCUGGCAAAGUUUUCUGCAUGUUCUAUGCGAUCCUUGGCAUCCCCCUCACCCUGGUCAUGUUCCAGAGUCUCGGUGAGCGAAUGAACAUUCUGGUCCGAAUGGUGCUGAAGAAAAUAAAGAGGUGCCUGGGAAUGAGGCAACCCACGGUCUCCAUGAAAAAUAUGGUUGUGGUUGGCUUCCUCUCCUGCAUGGGUACGCUGGGCAUUGGAGCAGCUGCUUUCUCCUAUUUUGAAGGCUGGACUUUUUUCCAUGCCUUCUAUUACUGCUUCAUAACAUUGACCACCAUUGGGUUUGGAGACUUUGUGGCCCUGCAGAAACACGACGCAUUGCAAAAUAAGCCCCCUUACGUUGCCUUUAGCUUCAUGUACAUCCUGGUGGGCUUGACAGUGAUUGGGGCUUUCCUUAACUUGGUUGUCUUUAGGUUUUUAAUUAUGAACUCUGAAGACGAGCGGCGAGAUGAAGAAGAAAGAGCAUCUCUGAGAAGGGCCAGGAAUUACAUCAACUUGAGACCCCGGGAAGAGAACAGGAGCAGGAACGAUAUCCUGCUCCCCAUAGAAGACAGGACAAGUCAAAUGAACCUCAUUCCACUGAUUCACGAAGAGGCUGGGAGGCAGAGGGGCAGGUCGUCGAGCUCCACCACGAGGGUCCCUUCCUUUUGCACGUGUCUGUGUUACCGGCCGCGGUUGAGCAGGAGCCCUGAUCCUUCCCACCCAGAGGCCUUCAACGGCCAUACCAACCUUGUAUAUUAUAAUUCCAUUUCUUACAAAAUCAUGGAAGUCUCCCUGGGUGGUAAGGACCACACUGGCUUGUCUUCUCCCAGGAGCACUCUGUCAUCCAAUAGUCCCAGCUGCAGGGAGCACUCCCAACGUCGGAGGAAAUCUAUUUGAAAUGUGCAUGCUGUUUUUGGACCCCCCCCUUUUUCUUUUUUUACUCUGAGCUGUGUUCUACUACUGAACUUGUUUUUUGAUGAUAAAUGAUUAACUGAGA